AUGGAUGCAUAUAGAUUCGUCUGGGAUGAAGACCCUCCACAUUUUGAUGAAGCGCAUUUACAUAUCCGAUCACAAUGCGGCCUCUGUUGUCAGACCAUUCACCCAAAUGAAUGGGCUAUAGCACUGCUAAAUAGCCACCGUAAGAUGUAUGGAGUUCGGCCUGAGUACUGCACAAAGAGAUUCCGGUUCCCUCGGACACCAGGAGCCAUCACGCAUACUGACUGGUACCCCUUAUAUUGUCACUGUUUGUUCUUGCAGACAUACCCCAAGAAGCCAGUAUUGGAACGACUCUGGGUUGCAGCAGUCUGGAGGACUCCGUGGAUUAUGUCUUCUUUAAAACCAAAGAUACAACUUGAUGUUGUCGACAACGAACUGGUAUCAAUCAGUCUUCCCACCGCAGAAAUCUUGGGCUUACCGCAGCUCACCGCUUUACCAUCCGAGGUACUCCAGCUCAUUAAAGCUUAUUCACGUGGCAGUGUUAUCUGGUCCUACCCGGCUAUCAAAGCCAGAGCAGAGGAAAUGGCAAUGUUUGAUGAGAGAAUGUCUGAAAGUGACGAUAUGCAAUACGAACUCAGUAUUGUGAAAAAAUGGCAUCGAGGGCAAGAUGCAGAACUCGAUGAGAAGCCACCCCAGUCUGUUGUGUUCCGGUUCACCCUCGAUUCCCAUGGGCUACUCGACAUAGAGAGACUACCUAACUGGCCCGAGUACGAAAGUUGUCGAUACCGAACUCACAAAUAUUUCCUUCUUGGUUUCGCUGAAGCGCAGCGUACUUGGGUAUAUUUCAAAUUUGGACAUGCGCGGAUCAUACCAAGUCCCUCAUGGCCAAGACCUCUUCAGUUUUGGGACAUACCAAGUCCGCCCACGAAAGGGCUUGAGUUUCUCCUCAGGCCGCGUCGUACAGAUGCUACUUGCAAUCGCACUCUCGAUCUACGCAACAUUACGGGCAUUACGUUCUUUUACUACCGGGGCGCUUUGAUGGGACUCCAUUCUCACGCCCUCGGAGCCGUGACAGCGUUUCCUACUGUUAAGGACACUCUUUCAAAGUAUGAGCCCUAUUUAGUCUGGAUAUACAUUCCUGUACCACACGGCGACCGUAUUAUGAGGUUCGGCCUGCGGACCUGGAGAAACGAGCACGAGGAACCGGCAACGCAUCACACAUCUUUAUUGAUGACCACGAAGCUUGGUGGUGACUUCUCUCUCGGCCCAAGUUUCGAUAUGGAAGAUCAGAAUUUCUUGUUUCAGGGAACGCCCACUGUUCUUGUUCACAAUACGCCAAUAAAAGGUGGGAUUACACUGCUGGGCUUAGCAGGUGAUGAACCUCAGGAGAGCUUGCCCGCCGCUAGAUUUCCUAUCAUUUCCAUCUCGUCUGAUCAGUUGGCUUAUGGAGGUAAUGCUAUUACGGUGGACAUUUCACUGAAAGGCGCUGUGCGAAUUGACAUUUUCAGACAUAGUUACACUGGACACCUGAGAGGCUUUCUUCUUGAGUAUGAGAACGGCUCACAGAGGACUGCAGGGCAAUGCCGAGUAGGGGUUGACCCGGUCACGGUUUGUCACAAACCUGUGUCAUUCUGCUACCGCAAAAUCCCUUGGGGAGAGCUUGAUGAGCACCAAAACUAUGAGCUUGUAUGUUGUUCGGAGACAGGUGACCAACAUUCUGGUCAUAGAUCUCCUCACGGGCCUUGGACUUGUUCAGAUUUCGGAGUGUACGCUAAGGUUUGGUGCAACGAUGCAUCAACCGAACUGUAUACAUACACUCCAAACUCUCAGGAGUUUAUAACGAUAGAUGAUUCAACCUAA